AUGACGAAAGGAACAGGGAAGAAGAAGAUUGACAUUAAAAAGCUCGCCAGUAAUUCAUCAAGAAAAGUCACAUUCUCGAAAAGACGCACUGGUCUUUUCAAGAAAGCUGAAGAACUCGCAACCAAAUUCGGCGCUCGAAUUGCUCUGUUAGUCUUCUCGCCGGCCGGACGACUCUACACUUCCGGCGAUGUUUCCAUCUUCGAGAAUAAUGGGUUUCCUUCAAAACCCCAUCUUUCUACUGAAACUGCGUCGAAUUCAUACGUAAAACCAAGUACUCUGCGUCUGAAAAAUCUCAAUGUUGAAGGAUGUAGUGAAAUUUUCUCGCCAGACGGCGUACAUUAUAGUGCCGGCGAGAUUCCCAUCGUCGAAGACAACUUGCAGAAUAAUGGGUUUUCUUCAAAUUCUCAUCUUUCUACUGAUUUCAGUUCGAAUUUUUAUGAAGAUUGGAGUACUCUCUGGCUGAAAAAUUUCAAGGGAAAUAAUGAAAUUUUCUCGCCGCCCGGCGGCUUUUACAACUCUGGUGAAUUUCCCAUUGUUGCGGACGAGUUGAAGAAUAAUGAGUUUCCUUCAAACUCCGAUCUUUCUAUUGAAAUUUCAUCGAAUUCAUAUGCAAAACCAAGUACUCUGCAUCUGAAAAAUUUCAAUGCUGAAGGAUGUAGUGAAAUUUUCUCGACAGACGGUAGAUUUUACAGUUCCAACGAGUUUCCCAUUAUCAACGACACCUUGAAGAAUAAUGGGUUUUCUUCAAAUUCCGAUCUUUCUACUGAUUUGGGGUCAAAUUUGUAUGAAUAUUGGAGUAUGGAAAAUUUUAAUGUUGAAGAAUGUAGCAGUAUUGAAGAACUUAUGUUAUUGAAGGAGAAAUUAGAAGAAAAGAGAGAUGAAAUUAUUUUGAAGAUGGAGGCUGAGUUUAUUGAUUCAUUACUUGUUUAA